AUGCUAAUUGUCGAAGACCUCAAGACGCGAAAAAGAACCUGGCAGUCUACCCGCAAUCCACGUCCCAAUAGAAAGAUUAGGCCCGGCCUCAUCGUCAUGAAAUUUGGCGAGCAGCUGCGCUCGAGCGUCAUCCGCGAAUACCAAUGGUACUACAUUGACUAUGACGGGCUUAAGGCCGACAUCAAGCGGCCCAGCGGGUCUGUGUCCGCGCCUGCCGAAGACAGCACGAGAUCGAGCAGGCUAUCGCGGCGAGAAUGGACAGAGGACGACGAGAGCCGCUUCGUCAGCAAGCUCGAGGGUGAGCUGGAUAAGGUGCACACUAAGCAGCAAGUCAAGGCCAUGGAAAUUUCGAGGAGGAUCGCCGUCAGCGAGCGCGAGGUCCGCGAAGUCGUCAAUCGCCUCAACGAGCGAGGCCUAGGCGAUCAAGGCCCCAGCGAGGAGGAGUUUAUGCUGCUCGAGGAGGACCUGAGCGACAUCAUUGCCGACGUGCACGACCUUGCGAAGUUUGUGCAGCUCAACUACACAGGCUUCUUCAAGAUCAUCAAGAAGCACGACAAGAUGACGGACUGGCACCUGAAACCCGUCUUCGACACGCGCCUGAAAGCGAAGCCGUUCUACAAGGAAAACUACGACGCCUCCGUCGUGAAGCUGUCCAAGCUCUACGAUCUGGUUCGAACGAGAGGAAAUCCGGUCAAAGGCGACAGCGCUGCCGGGGGCAGCCAAGCUAGCUUUGUCCGACAUACAACGAAAUACUGGGUGCAUCCAGACAAUGUGACGGAGCUCAAGCUCAUCAUUCUCAAGCAUUUGCCUGUGUUAGUCUUCAAUGCGAGCAAGGAGUUUGAGGCGCAGGAUACGGCCAUCACGUCCAUUUACUACGACAAUCCCGAGACGUGGGACCUAUACCAAGGGCGGCUAAAAAAGACAGAAGGUGCCGAGGCCAUUCGGUUACGGUGGUACGGUGGAAUGCAGAGCGAGACCAUCUUCGUCGAGCGCAAGACACAUCGCGAGGACUGGACAGGGGAGAAGUCGGUGAAGGCUCGGUUCUCACUAAAGGAGAAGAACGUGAACUCGUACCUGCGCGGCGAACUCCUACCAGCCGCCAUCUUUGAAAAGGCGCGGAAAGAGGGCAAGAAAUCGGAGAAGGCCAUUGCCGAAGAUGAGAGACUAGCGGCCGAGGUCCAAUGGUCGGUCCUCAAGAAAGGCUACAAGCCCGUCUGCCGCUCCUUUUAUCACCGCACGGCGUUCCAGCUCCCCGCCGAUGCACGUGUCCGAAUCUCGCUGGAUACCGAACUCACCAUGGUCCGUGAGGACAACUUGGACGGUGUCACGAGAUCGGGGUACAACUGGAGGCGCAUGGACAUCGGCGUCGACUGGCCAUUCUCGCAACUUCCUCCCGGAGAUAUCGUUAGGUUCCCCUACGCCGUUCUAGAGGUCAAGCUUCAGACUCAGCUUGGCCAGGAGCCGCCAGAGUGGGUCCGGCAGUUGAUUUCGAGUCACCUAGUCGAGGCUGUCCCCAAGUUCUCAAAGUUCAUCCACGGCGUUGCCUCCAUGUUCCCGGACCGCAUCCAUCUGAUUCCCUACUGGAUGCCGCAAAUGGAUGUCGACAUUCGCAAGCCGGUAACCCACGAUUUUGGUAUCCAGAGGCCGGGACACUCGGCGACGGCGACCACAUCAGACGACGACGACGAGGAAGACGAUUCAGAUGAAGAGAAUUCUACCCCGCCGCGUCGCAAUGGAGAGACGAGUGCGCAAGCUACUGCACAUGGAGCCCUUGGGAAUGGGCGGCACCGCCAUACACUGGCUGCAGAUCUGGAGGAACAGACGGCGGAGCGAACGGCUGGAGACAUCACAUAUCUAUACGAUUCCGAUGACGAAGAUGAUGAAGACCGGCUGGAGGAGGCAAGGAGGGUUGGUGGGUGGAUAUACUACCGGACGCUCGCCUCGACCACGGCAAACGCUGUCGCUUCAGGCUCGUGGACCAUUCUCAAGGCCCUCGUGCCGCGUCCUCGGGCGACCGAGGUGCCUCGCAACGCGAGGCUUGAGGCCCUCCUCGGCGCCGGCGAGAUCCAGGCGAAGAGGUUCAAGGCGCCCAAGGGAAAGAAGAUUUAUGUCCCGGUGCGGGUAGAGCCAAAGGUCUACUUUGCAGCUGAGAGGACAUUUCUCAGCUGGCUUGAAUACUCGAUCUAUAUCGGCACCGUGGCGGUGACGCUGUUGAAUUUUGGCAAUGCGAGAGGGAACCGGGCUUCUUUCGUGGCAGCCAGUGCGUUUACGCUCGUGGCCAUCAUAUCUCUGUGCUACGCGCUGGGCAUCUACCUUUACAGGAGCCAGGCCAUCCGCACACGCAGGGCAGCUCGAUACUACGACAAGUGGGGUCCCAGCAUGCUCUGCGGUAGCAUGCUGGUUGCAGUGGCGCUCAACUUUGCCUUUGAAGGCAGGAGUCGCGAGUUUUGGUAG